AUGAGACAGGCUGGCGGCUCGGACAGCGCUCUGGAUGCCGCCACUUGCAUGGGCUCCCCUCGCUCUGGGCUCGCUGCCGCCCGCGAUGUCGCCGAGCUGCGCCGGAGACUGUGUUCCCAGCGCCGGGAGCGGGCUGCAGGUGACCGCGGCCAGGUGCCUCUGGCUCUGCGCGCUUCUGCUGCUCCAGCCCGUCUCUUCUUGGAACGUGCAUUGUUGGUGUUUAUCUUCGGGGUUGCUACAAGAAUGCAGGUUGAGGUUCACAGGGCAGCACCGGGGGAGCCCCAGCUUCCAAACCCUGAAAUCUUUGAGCUGCUGCUUUGCCUUGCAGUUGGACAGGAUAUGAUUUACCAGCUCCUGGACCUGCCCUCUCCUCUCCCCCAGCUGGCACAGCAGCCAUUCAGAUCGCCCCACUUCUCUGAGGUUUGGUCUUGGGCCACACGCCCUGCCCGGCAUCCAACGUUGCCGUCCUAUCCCCUGUCCUCCUCCUCAGAGGCCGAGGAGCAAUCAACUGAUUCCUUUGAAGAAGCUGUGGCCAGGAUCUCGCUCCUCAGCCCCCACGCUGACCCCACUCCAGACGGGGAGACGGACCUCGACACCUCAUCAAGUGUGAUGGGCUCUCCCGACCUUUCUUCUGAAACUGAGAUGUACGGAGCCCGGGAAGUCCCUGAGGGGCCGGUGCCCACUCCUGAGGAAGAGGAGGUAGUACUCAGCGACCCAAAGGAAAUUUCCCCAGCUCCUCUGCUAAAGAGCUCAGAUGCCUCCGAGAAUGCUCCAGUAGCCCUGUCGCCUCUCAGUUCUACUCUUUGGACUAUGAUUGAGAAUGAUGCGGCCCCGCCUCUUUUGCACCCCCUGCCACAGUCUCCAUCGACCACUGCUUUGAACGGGACCACGGCUGUUGCUGGGACAGUGGUCGCCAAAGUCACCUCCAUUUCACCACUAGUGAAGGUGAAUGCGGGCAAAGAGACUGGCGCCACCUCACCGUCUGCAGCGCGGACAUCCACCGCCAGUCCGCGCCCUGUCCGGGUGGGCACCGCAUCCUCUGUGGGAGCUGGAGGCCACAGGCAAUCUCAUCUGGAGAAAGGGAGAACAUCAGCGGCGCCUUCACUGGCACUGACGGCAGCCUUGACCUCACUCACCACGGCAGCGCUGGCCGCCAGGGACCUGCAGACAACCACACCAGCCUCAGUUGCCAGCAGGGCCACCGCUGCAACAUCUGUCAGCUCCUCGUCCUCACCGAGUCUGAACUGCAGGUUGUCGGAUCAACUCUGGGUCAGGACAGUGGUGACUUUGACUUCGAGAAGAAUCCAAGUGGAUGCAACGUUUAAACAGAACUUGACCCGGGGUCUCAACGAGGCAUUGAACCGAGCUUUCUUCAGCAAUGGUAUCCGUGCAGAGAUCGAGAGUCUCGACAGAAGGAACAAGGUCUUUAUUGGGUUUUACGCAGUAAAUGGGAAUGAGGUUUACAUUCCAACCACGGUGACAGAGGUGAUUACAGCCUAUGGUGUGGAGAACCUCAGCCGCGACCUACAGAACUACAUCCCCGAUAUCCAGUCAGUCCUGAUCGCUGCCUCUCCAUGGGCCCCACUCCCGGCUCCCUGGUUCCAGCUGAGGACUGUGCUCCAGUUUGUGAGUACCACCGACAUCAUCAGAUUCUGCAGCUUUACCCAGACCAUGGAGGCCAGACUUCAGAGAGCCUUCGAGGAGGCAGCAUCUCGGGCUGCCGCCUUCAAAAGUCACUUAAAAGUUCAGAUUUUGAACACGUCGGUGUUGGAGAGCUCCACGGCGGUCUCCAUGGUCUACAUGGUGAGGAAUCAGAGCACGCUGCUCAAUGGCACCGCUGCCAGCGGCCUUCUGCAUCACCUGACACCUGCAGAGCUGGGAUACUACCUCGCCUACCCCCCUCUGACCCUGGCUGAGCCUGUGGAGUACAAUAACCUGGACACCUCUCCGGCGACUGAGAAGUAUUGGGUUGUUACAGUUAUCCUGGGGGUGGACAACUCUUCACUGGGCGGGAGGUCCCAGCGCUUUGCCAGCCUGAUGGAGCAGCGUUUGGCCAACUUGUUUGUGUCCGCCCAGCAGCAGGGACGAAGGUUCAGGCGUGCCUCGACCACCGGCGCCUACACCGUGCAGCUGGUCAGGAUGAAUCGCCUCGCUGGCCCCAGGAACCCAGCUGAGUUGACCUACUAUGCCCUGGAGGAUGGCAGAGCCUUGCUGGGCACCACAGCGGCAAAGAUCUUGAACACCAUUGACCCGCAGUCUAUGGCUUUGGAGCUUGGCUACCGUGUCCACGUGCAGGCGGAGCCUGUAGUGAAGAACCCUCCAAACAACUUGUGGAUCAUUGCUGCGGUUCUGGCUCCCGUCGGCGUGGUAACUGUUAUCAUCAUCAUCAUCUCCACCGUGCUGUGUCGGAAGAACAAGAGCGAGUUAAAAUCUGAGACCAUGUCAAACCUGCACCAGAGAGCAAAGCCAGUCCAAGGCUUUGACUACGCCAAACAACACAUCGGCCAAUAUGGCGGGGAGGAUGAAGUGACAAUCACUCAGGAGACGGUGAUCUUACCGAUCCCUGGCCGAGAUGCCCUCAUUCCUCAAGAAAGGGAAGCAGUUCCAGAGGCAGAUAACAGCAAAGCAACAAAAAGCAUUGAUAUUCGGAGAAGCAGGUUGCAGAGCGACCAGGAUUCAAUCAUCAGUGAGCAAUCGGCAAAUCUGGACUCGACCACCAACACUGCAGAGAAACCAGGCGCGCAGCAAAAAGCUACAAAAGAGGGUGUGAAGAGGCAGAAUGUCCCCGUCAGUGAUGAGGAGGAGAAUGCCACGCUAUUUGAACACGUCUCCAAGACGUCGGACGACCCAUUCGACACACCCUCGGGGUCCGUACAGCUUCUGUCCAUCAAGCCGCUGACCGCACACCCUGGUUACCCCCAGUCUGGCUCGGAGAAGAGCCCAGAGAUGGCAGCUGUCAAUGGGGAGGUGAACAAAGCGCUAAAGCAGAAAUCGGACAUUGAGCACUAUCGGAACAAGCUCCGCCUGAAGGCGAAGAGGAAAGGCUAUUACGACUUCCCCGAGGUGGAGAAUGGUCAGCCCAGCCUGGAGCAGCAGAGGAAAGUCUACGAGAAGGGACAGAUGGAAGUUAGUCGCGCCUUGGAGACCGAGAUACGGGCAUCCUCCACGUACUCGGAAGCCAGAAACAGGCAAUCCCAGGUGAAGAACACAGUGUACAGGAGUAGGCAGUCUCUGAACAGCCCGAGUCCGGGAGGGACUGAGAUGGACUUGCUAGUCACCAGGGAGAAGUCACGCCGAGGGAUUCGCAACAACGGAUAUGAUACGGAGCCUGAGCUGAUAGAAGAGACCAACGUGGACCGGGUGACAGAGCCUCGGAAUGCAGCCAGGCUGAGGCAGGCCAAGGGUCACUCGGAAUCCUCGACCCUCAGCUCCCAGCCAUCGAUUGACGAGGUCCGGCAGCACAUGCAUCAGUUGCUAGAGGAAGCGUUCAGCCUGGCAUCGACGGGAAGGGUCUCUCAUGGCCGGCACCAGGUCCACUGUGCCAUGGGGCAACCGUUGCCCUAUACCGAGCUGGUCACCAGUGCCCCGGGCACUAUGAGCAGAUCCAGAGCUGGGCUUCAUUGGGUGCCCACGCAAGGCCAGGAGGUGUGUCAGUACAGUCUCCCACGACCUGCAUACAGAUAUUCCCAGCUUCCUGAAAUGUCUGUUGGCUCUCCGCCUCCUGUCCCUCCUCGGAAUGCCCCGAUACCAGCGCCAACCCUCAGACGUUCCACUUCGGAAAGCAGCAACAACACCCGAGUCGCCGAGGGCCACGGCUCUGAGAGGUCACAACAUGAAGCUCCCUACGCGCCAAUUUCCAAGUCUGCUGCCCCCGCAGAUCAGGCAACGAGUCAUUACUCAGGUAGCUCAGUUCCGGCAGUUUACGCCAUCCCAGCGAACAGGUCUGGGUACCCGAAUUACUACAUCCCAGCCCCUGCAUCUUAUCGCAACCACGGCUGGGCCCCAUACAUCGGUGAUGGAGAAGGGCCAAGCCCCUGGGCAGAGAAUGUGACCCUGCCGGGUUACGUGGAAGCCUUCCCUCACGCUCGGUAUCCACAUUGCUCCCCGCCUCGACAGUACAGCCAGACGCAGCCCGCCCACCUGCCUCGGCACGGCCCCUCCACCGCCGUCUCGCAGCAGAGCCUGGCUGACACGGACCCACCCGAGGCUCCCUACAACAACAUCUCCACUACCGCCUUGGUGAAGGCCAUUAGAGAGGAGGUGGCCAAACUGGCCAAAAAGCAGACGUGCAUGUUUGAAUUCCAGGUGUAAUGAUGCUCUCCGGGGUAAUGUCCCACCAAGAGAACCGCUAGACUCUCUUCCUCCUGCAGCCACUGGGAGCAGCCCACAGACCUCCGACUGGCUCGCCUUGGCUAAAAUAACUCUGCUCUGGAUUUGGGCCAUUGUUUUAACGGAGAGAGUAGACAAUUGAUCGGGUAUUGGUUGCUCUGGUUCAUCGGGAGAACCUCCUCCAACUGACGUUGUGUUUCAUCUGGAAAACCAUAAGACACUGGAGCAGAAACAGGCCAUUUGGCCCAUCGAGUCUGCUCUGCCAUUUUAUCAUGGCUGAUUUAUUAUCCCUCUCAACCCCAUUCUCCUGCCUUCUCCCCAGUAACCUUUGAUAACCUUACUAAUCAAGGACCAAUCAACCUCCGCU